CGUAGGCGGUAGGUAACGUAAGCUGUCGCUUAGCUAGCUUUAUGCUAAAUUAGUUAGCUUGACCAGUUUUCUGUCAAACUUUCUAACGUUACUCAGUUAAGACGAGUAAAUGGUUUUCGAUGUCACUCUUGACCAAAAUAGCCAAGUCCUGUGUUAAAGCUUCGAAUUGCUUUGUAGCUUUUUUUCGUAGUUGGGUAACUCCGUAAAUGCCUUUUUAGGGAGCAUUUUGAUCUGGCUACGGUAUUAUUUGGACAUGAAGUACAAAAUAAUGGAUUAUGUCAAGCUGAAAAAGCUGAGCGAGGACAGUUUGACCAAACAACCGGAGGAAGUGUUUGAUGUUUUAGAGAAACUCGGUGAAGGUUCCUAUGGCAGCGUGUUCAAAGCCAUCCAUAAGGAGUCAGGCCAGGUGGUGGCAAUCAAGCAGGUUCCUGUGGAGUCUGAUCUGCAGGAGAUCAUCAAAGAGAUUUCCAUCAUGCAGCAGUGUGACAGCCCUUACGUAGUGAAAUACUAUGGCAGCUACUUCAAAAACACAGACCUGUGGAUUGUCAUGGAGUACUGUGGAGCCGGCUCUGUGUCUGACAUCAUCAGACUGCGCAACAAGACGUUGACUGAAGAAGAGAUUGCCACUAUCCUGAAGUCGACACUGAAGGGUCUUGAGUACCUUCACUUCAUGAGGAAGAUCCAUCGGGACAUCAAGGCAGGAAACAUCCUCCUCAACACUGAGGGACAUGCCAAACUGGCAGACUUUGGAGUUGCUGGACAACUAACGGACACCAUGGCAAAGAGAAACACUGUAAUUGGUACUCCGUUCUGGAUGGCCCCAGAGGUGAUCCAGGAGAUCGGCUACAACUGUGUGGCUGACAUCUGGUCCCUGGGCAUCACGUCCAUAGAGAUGGCAGAGGGCAAACCUCCCUAUGCUGACAUCCAUCCCAUGAGAGCGAUCUUCAUGAUCCCCACCAACCCUCCUCCCACAUUCAGGAAGCCAGAGCUUUGGUCAGAUGACUUUACAGACUUUGUCAAGAAGUGUCUGGUCAAGAAUCCAGAGCAAAGAGCAACCGCCACGCAGCUCCUACAGCACCCAUUUAUCAGCCAGGCCAAGCCGGUCACAAUCCUUAGAGACCUGAUUACUGAAGCCAUGGAGAUGAAGGCCAAGAGGCAGCAGGAGCAGCAGAGAGAGCUGGAGGAGGAGGAUGACAACUCUGAGGAGGAGACAGAGGUGGACUCUCACACUAUGGUGAAGUCGGGCUCAGAGGGUGCAGGAACCAUGCGGGCCACCAGCACCAUGAGUGAUGGGGCACAGACCAUGAUUGAACACGGCAGCACCAUGCUAGAGUCUGACCUGGGCACAAUGGUCAUCAACAGUGAUGAUGAUGACGAGGAGGAGGAAGACCAGGGAUCAAUGAGGAGGCACGCCACCCCCCAACAGCCAAUACGUCCAUCCUUCAUGGACUAUUUUGACAAGCAGGACUCCAACAAGGCAGCCCAGCAGCAGGAGAAUUACAACCAUAACCAGCCACAGGAGCAGCCCGGCUACCACAUCCAGUCCAAGAAUGUCUUCCCUGACAACUGGAAGGUGCCUCAGGAUGGAGACUUUGACUUUCUGAAGAACCUGGACUUUGAGGAGCUGCAGCUGCGCCUGACUGCCUUGGAUCCCAUGAUGGAGCGAGAGAUUGAGGAGCUCAGGCAGCGCUACACCGCCAAGAGACAGCCCAUCCUGGAUGCCAUGGAUGCCAAGAAGAGACGACAACAGAACUUCUGAGUGCCCCUUCCUCUAGUCUUGGUUUCCCAAAGCCACCAUCACCACAAAACUUACGUCCCAUUGACUCAGAGGAACUAAGAUGACCGUAUUGUCUUUGUUGAAAACCCACUGUUGUUCUAACUGACUGCCAACUGCCUCUAAAUGAAGUUGGAUGCUUCUUUUACAUCCAUUUUGGCUCCUGGAAUCUACACUUAUCUGCCUUGUUUCUACACUGUCUAGAUUCUGUUCCUCUAAAUCUUAUUUGUUUCUAUGGUUCCUAUAAAGUUGCCCUCCCAUGAAUAAUACUCAGGACUGCGGCCAAAGAGAGAAUAGAGGCAUGGCUAUUAUACUCCUGAAAGUCACAACACAAAUUUCUCCUUUUCCAAAUGAAAUAACGUUCCAUAUCACACAGAAAGCCCUUUGGGAAUCCCCAUCAACCCAUAAGGAAGCCUAUCCUCUGGCAGUAGCAGCAGUAUAAUCACAGUGGUCAAUGACAAGUGGUAUUUUUUUUUUUUUCUUAGACUUUUUCAGUGUAAAUAUAGAGCCUAGUUUGGAAAUACCUGCAACAAAAAGCUGUGGAGGCUUGUCCAUGACCAAAGACAAUCAAGAUGAUGCUGAUUAAGUUGAGAAUGCCUUAAAAUAUUUAAAACCUGGUUUUAAAAUACGAAAUGGAAUAUUACAACCAAGUCGUGAGCUGGUUAAAUCCAUUUCCUCAGUUGGAGAUGAGUUGGAAGUGGACUGUGGAAAGCUGCAAGAAUGGACAGAAAUGACGGAAAUCAUGUGGGUGGUGAAGAACGGAUCAUGCAUGUUCUCAUGGUGGACUUGAAAAUUCAAAACAUUAUGCUUAUUUAAUUAUAUUGUUUCGGGGCUUCUUUUAAACAUCCAGUGUACUGUCUAUAUUGACUCCAUGCAUCUUGGUGUCUCAUAACACACCAGUCCUACUUACCCACUGCUCUUUAUUAAGUUAAAAUCUGAGCUGUUACUUGACAAAAUGAUCCACUUCACUCAAAGUGGAUUGAGUUGGCACCAAAAUUCAUUCCUACCUUUUGAAAAAGCAAAGCAUUCCAAAAUACUACGACUUUUAUUUUAAUGUCCCUGCAGUCUUUAAAAACCCUGCAGAUUUAGUUCAAGUUCUAAUGAUGUUUUCUGUAAUUGUUUCACACUAUGAUUGAUUAACUUCAGAUUCCAAUAUGACUUUCUAAAGGCUCUGGCACACCAACCCGACGGCCAACCAUCGGCAGAAAAGGCAGUCGGCUCCCCGAGGUCCAAAAAGUGCCUCGGAACACACCGAAACGACGGCGACUUGAGCGUACGUUCUGCGUGUGCGCAAGACCUAAUACUUCUCCAUAACAGCAGGCGGCGCUAAUCUGCGUUGUCGCCCAAAAAAUGAAAACCGCAAAUGACGGAACAUCUCUCCUAGUAAACACAACAGUCAUUGUUUUCAUCAGAGAGUGUUGAUAGUAGUCAAGAAGGAUCAUUGUUGUCAUUUUGCUAAACCGAAGAAAAUACGAUGGCUAGUAAUGAGAAGAUUCUGGCGUCAGCUCUGGUUAUCUCGUGCACUGAUUCGCUAGUCAAGGGCUAGCACUCCACCAAUCAGAUUUGGUCAUUGAGUCCAACUGCCCACCGGCUGAUUCAACAAGUCAAAUCGGCCAAAAUGAACGCCAAUGGCUCCUCCGGCUGACAAUGGCACGGAACACACCGAACAGACUCGGGUCACCAACCUCGCCAGACUGUCAGACGGCCGAUAAUCGGGUUGGUGUGUCAGCGCCUUAAAACUUUUAGACUAGAUAUUGAGCCAUCUUAUAUGCAAAGCAGUGAAGAAGAUGACCAGUGCUGGACACGACUAGUCCUGUAAACUGACAAGGGACUGUAAAAGACUGAAGUGACUGACUGAUGCUUGAGAAAAACCAAACCGCUGCACCGGUCUGAAUUUCAGACUCAUUUAAAAAAAAAUUCAUUAAGAUUUUUUAAGCAAAUUUCCUGCAGCCUAUAUCAAUGUUUCAGCAGGUAUGAUUGAGAAUAUGCUGUUUUUGUUUUCUCCAUUACAGUUUUCUGACAUUUAGGUGUGAUUAUUGAUGAAGGAAUGAACAUGUACACAUGCUCAUUAUUUACACAAAACUGUCAGUGCAGUGAUUGUUUUCCUUAAACAAAUUGAAAGAAAAUGUCAUGUGUUUAUCCUAAAAAUAUAAACAUUGGCUGUUAUCAGAUUAUUUGCUCUCAAAUAUUGAUAUAAUUAUUGGACUCAAAAAUCCAUUGUCAGUUGGGCUUUAUUUCACAAUUUUGAAUGUUUCAUUGAAAACUCUUGCUACUCUCACUUCAUGAGAGAAAAACUUCUCUGUUGUGGUUGUUUAGUUUUGACAUAUUGAAUUUACACAUGCUAAUAUUGACCCUUUGAAUGAAUUCUUUAAAUAUAUGUACAAUAUGUCUGCAGGUUUCUGUUACUUAUGUUAAUAUGCAGUCUUAAUGGUUCAGCCCAUACUGCAUAUUAAUUGACAUUUUGAUAAUACCAUAAUCUUAUAAAUAUACUUGUGUACACUAUCCUAUUUCUCAUCUGAUGGACGUUUUAAACAACUGAAUCCAAAUUUCAAUUAGUAAUGUUUCUUUCGAAUGAUCAUAUCUGUAAGUCUUAUUUUUUUGUCUUAUUUUUUUUAACUGUUCUUUCACAGAAAUCAAUAACAUUCUUGCCAUGCAUUGUUUUCAUGAAUUAAGUCUGUUGGCAACUUACACACAAGCAUUCACAAUUUAUUUAUUAAAUGUGUUUAAAACUUUUUCUUUUUGGGAUGCUGGUUUAAAUCUGGUAGCUGAUUUGGCUGUUAAUAUUUCUGCCCUUUGUCAAACAGAUGUGGCUUGAUUUCCGCAUGUUUUAGACUGCAUGUUUAUAAUUAUGUUUGCUAUUUAGUAGAAUGCUAUUGUAUUAACUGCACAGAUAAGAGUACUGUUAAUAUGGAAGCUGGAUUUUCAGCUUUAACAGACACUAUUUGCUUUGUACAAUUUAAAAAAAAAA